AUGGGGAACGCCGUGCCUCGUUUCUUGCGAAGUUCCAACCAAUUUCUUGCCAGCUUGCGAACGGCAUCAGCCGCCAAGGUUCUUGUGAAGGACAACAUCAACCCUCAAGUAAUCACGAUGCAAUAUGCCGUUCGUGGACCUAUCGUCAUCAGAGCCGUGGAAAUUGAAAAGGAACUGGAGAAGGGUGCUAAAAAGCCAUUCAAAAGCGUUAUCAAGGCCAACAUAGGUGAUGCUCAUGCCAUGGGUCAAAUUCCAAUCACUUUCAAUAGACAGUUGCUAUCGUGUCUUGCUAACCCGGUGUUGAUGAAAACAGCAAACUAUCCUUCCGACGUCGUCGAACAUGCAAAGGUUCUUCUUGAUGCCUGCGGUGGGAGAAGCUGUGGCUCGUACAGUCAAAGCCCAGGACUUGACAUAAUCCGGAAGCACAUAGCUGAAUUCAUUUCGAUCUUUGAUUCAUCUCAGAAACGUGAUGGCUUCCCUUGUGAUUAUGAGAACGUCAUUCUGUCUGGAGGAGCUUCUGAAUCCAUCCGUAACGUCCUCAAGUUAUUCGACCGACGUGACGCACCGAAACAAAGCGGCAUUAUGAUUCCAAUACCGCAAUAUCCACUCUAUUCUGCGUCAGUAGCCGAAUUUGGACUCGGACAGGUAGGAUACUUCCUUCACGAGGAAUCGAACUGGAGCCUUGAAGAGAAAGAAUUGGAACGAGCUUAUCAAGAAAGCCUCAAGAAAUACAAUACUCGAGUUUUGUGUGUUAUCAACCCAGGGAACCCUACUGGACAGGUGCUAUCACGUGAAAACAUCGAGACUAUCAUCAAAUUUGCUCACCGGCAUCAUCUGUUCCUCAUGGCUGAUGAAGUAUACCAGGACAACAUUUACGCGAAAGGAUCAAAGUUCUACUCGUUCAAGAAAGUCAUCAAUGAGAUGGGUGCGCCAUACAACCAGAUGGAAUUGGCAUCAUUCCACUCGGUAUCCAAAGGCUUCAUGGGUGAAUGUGGUCUACGUGGUGGUUACGUCGAAUUCUUCAACUUGGACCCUGAAGUCUACGUCCAGUUCAAAAAAAUGACUUCCGCAAAAUUAUGUUCCACAGUUCUUGGACAGAUUGUUCCAGAAAGUUUUCANGUGAAUCCGCCCAAGCCAGGAGAUCCUUCGUAUGAUCAGUGGUUGAAGGAAAAGACCGCAGUUCUCGCUUCGCUCAAAGAAAGAGCGACUUUGGUGAAGGAGGCCUAUGGAAGUAUCGAAGGAAUUAAAUGCAAUGAGGUCCAGGGAGCUAUGUAUGCAUUCCCACAAAUAAUGUUACCUCGCCGAGCUAUCGAGAAGGCUAGGUCCCUGAACAUGGAACCCGAUUUCUUCUACGCAAUGCAAUUAUUAGAAGCUACUGGUGUUUGUAUUGUGCCUGGUAGUGGAUUCGGUCAAAAAGAAGGAACAUGGCAUUUCCGAACAACAAUUCUUCCCCAAACAGCAAUGAUGAAGGACAUGUUGGAACGAUUCAAAUCGUUCCAUACGAAAUUUAUGAAAGAGUAUAAGUAA